AUGGCAGCAACAAUAAGAUUGCUUCUUUCUUUGCUCAUUUUAAUGGUGAAAAUUGGCGAUACUGAACAGGUAUUAAAGCUUCAAAAUCCACUAUUGAUGAAUUGCAAAUUUGAUAGAAUUUAUCAGUUUGGUGACUCACUUUCGGAUACCGGAAACUGCCUGAGAGAGAGCUAUUGUGGAGCUCAUUCUCGGUGUAGAAAGGUUCCUUAUGGAAUGGAUUUUUACCAGAAUGCAAGUGGGCGUUGUUCUAAUGGCAUGCUCAUCAUUGACUUCAUAGCUAUUGAAUGUGGUCUUCCUCUCCUAAAUCCAUACAAGGAUGAAAAUGCAGAAUUUAGACAUGGUGUGAAUUUUGCAGUAGUAGGGGCUACUGCUUUAACAACCGAAUCACUCGCACAGAAGAAUAUUGUUAACCCAGAUACCAAUAGUUCAUUAAGUGUGCAACUUGAUUGGAUGUCUUCUCAUUUCCAGACCACCUGCUCCCCUGCAAAUUGCCCAGAAAAAUUGAACAAGUCACUUUUCCUAGUUGGAGAAAUCGGAGGAAAUGAAUUCAUUUAUGGCUUAACACAAGGUAAAACCAUGGACGAAUCGCGAAGAAUGGUGCCGGAAAUUGUUCAGACCAUCAUUCAUGGUGUUAAAGUGAGUUCAUUCCUUUAA